AUAAAAAUACUUGGGUAUAUAUUGGGACUUAAACUCUAUUGUUAAAAUUGGGUGGCUAAAAUGGACAAGUAUUGCUGUAAUAUUAUGCGAGAAAAGAAUAUUAUGAGGACUUGAAAGUUAAAUUCUUUUAACUUACUAUUAUAGCUGCCUUGCCAAAUGGAAUCAAGUUGUGUAGAAAAGAAAUCAUUAAAACCAAGUCGAGCGGACUAGAAUUAAAAUAAAGCUAACACCGCAUGUAGCACUUAAUGGAAUGAAUUGAGGAUAUUUAUGAGGCUAGGGUCCAACAAUUUGGGAUUAGGCUAACGAUGAUGAUGAUGAACACCAUUGCUUUUGGUGUUUGCAUAUGCGACGAGCACCAUUUUUUAUAAAAAAGAAAGCAGUACUUAUUUUUGUAAAAGCUACGGCGCCAUAAUCAUUAAUCCAAUGGCAUGGAAUCAGAUAAAACUCUCCUACACCAAUCCCACAAUUAUCCCAUCCUUUUUCUUCCCAAAACCCUGCCAAGGAGCAGUUGCUUAAUAAUGUCUCAGCAAUAUCCUGCUGGUACAAUGUGAAUGUUAAAUCAAAAUUACCUUUCUCACUUUUUUUUAUUUACGUGUUCUUCAUCAGGAUUUGCUGCUGUGAACCCUGGAUGUUGGCUGAAGUACAUUUUUUACUCAAGAACCCUUGGAUGCUCGCAUGCAAAGUUUGACAAGGAUCUGAAGUGGAGGACUGGUGUGGAUUUAAUCCCUGUUCCUUGUCGUAGCACUGACAACUUCAAUAUAAGCAUUUCUGCUCUUGAAAGAGCUUAUAAUCAAGCAAAGAAACGAGGGGUUAAGGUUCGUGCCGUCCUUAUCUCAAAUCCUUCAAAUCCUGUGGGAAAUCUAUUGAGAAGGGAUGCACUUUAUGACUUACUCGAAUUCACUUCGGAGAAGAACAUCCAUUUGAUUUCUGAUGAGCUGUAUCUUGGAUCAGUCCAUGGAGACAAAACGUUCAUGAGUGUUGCAGAGAUUCUAGACACAGAAGAUUUUGACAAGUGCAGGGUUCAUAUAAUAUAUAGGCUUUCGGAAAAUCUCUCCCUUCCAGGUUUUCAUGUAGGGGUCAUCUACUCCUUAAAUCACAAUGUCGUGGCUGCUGCUGCAAAGUUCACAAGAUACUCAUCCAUCUCCAUACUUACCCAACGCGUGCUCGUCUUAAUGUUAUCAGAUAAGCGGUUCAUUUCGGAAUUCCUUCAGCUAAUUGGAACAACAGUUAAGAAUAUGCAUCAUUUGUUUGCCCACGGCUUGAAAAGUCUGUAUGUUAACUGUGCUAAUGGUAGUGAGGGACUUACAUGUUGGGUGGAUUUGAGCAAGUUUCUACGUUCAUACAGUGAGAAAGGGGAGCUUGAAAUGUGGGAGAAGCUACUGGAUAUAGCUAAGAUUAAUACAACACCGGGGUCAUCUUGCCACUGCAUUGAACCUGGAUGGUUUCAGUUUUCUUUUAAAUCUUUGUCAGAAAGUGAUAUUGAUGUAGUUAUGAAGAGGAUUAGGAGAGUCAUUGAAGGGCCUGAAGUACAUAAUUUAUUUGAUACUAAAAGCUAACUUGUGCGAUCUAGUUGCAGGCCCAGCAUUUGUUUAUUACCCGCUUGGGUUUCACAAAUCUGUGUCACAGAUCCUUCGAUGUGAAAAACAGCCACCUAAAAUAAUCAACAUGUUGAGAGAUGGUUUCUGUGCGUUGUAUGUGAAACAGAUCAAUAUAUAUACUGCACAUGUUAUGAAGCAAUUUUGGGUUAGAUGGACUGACCUCUGUCAUUUGUCCAAAGCUUAGAUGCAAGAUGGUGACAUGACUACUCUAUUUCUCUUGGUUCAGCAGGGGAUCAUGCAAGGAGGAUUCUCUUGCCUAUGGAUCAUGCAUUCUUUAUUCGAAAAAGCUAUGUAUUUUGUUGAAAAUAAUGUAAUGUUUGGGUCAACUUUUAUUCAUAUCAAAGGUAAGUCAGAGAGUCAUGAAGUUUUGCUAGUGUAUUGUAGGGGAAAUUAUUAGGUGCGGACACCGGAUGCCGUCCAGAGCCCAAUGAAAAUGCGUCACAUCAUCCCCUACUCAAUACCGCGGCUCGGUACUGGAUGAUGUGGUUGCACCUGAUUUGCCUCUGGACGAUAAACUGUGUCCGGUGUCCGCACUAAAUAAUCUAUCGUAUUGUAGAGGCAGCAAUGUUCUGAAAAAUAAACUCUUGAACUGUAACUAUUUUCUAUUUACAAUGAUGAUGUAGCUAUCUUCCUGUUGGAGAGUAUUUAUUUCA